AUGUACAUCAUCACGCUGAGCAGAUGGGAGUCGGAAGCCGGCAAGAGUGAAAUACUGCUGGAAACGUUGAGAGCAUAUGUUGAAAGCCUCGAACUCGAUGCACUCUCUGACAUGGACGUCUUUGUCCUGAAAGGCCACAAAGCAGAUAACCUGCACGUUUUAUAUACUCUUUUGGCUCAACCGGAGGAAAAAGUCAGGUCAGAAGACAAGGUCCUCAAAGAUGUGGGAUAUUCUGGCCUCCAAGAACAAUGCUUGAGACAGAACCUGGUGAAAGUUCCUGUGGCCAACAGACGGUUGAAGUCCUGGUCAGGGUUUCUCUACCGCCCUGACGAUAUUUCUCCUCGCUCGUUUGCAGUCGUGGCUGAAUUGGAAUACAAGGAAGGCAAACGUGCCGAAGGAGAACCGUUCUGGGAGGCAAUCGCGAAGCAUGCCGAGGCCAACGAAGCUGGAACAUACUCAUAUCUAUGGUCGCGAGACAGGGAACUUGAUCACGUAUUGUGGUCGUUCGAACGCUACGAGAGUGAAGAAUAUCUCUGGAAAACACACGUGGAGGCGAAUGAACUCGUGCAACGCAGCUCCAAGCUUCAGAAGGACAUCAGAGGCGCCACGAGGCACAUGUGGCUCGAAUGUCAAUGCUGCCUGGUACAGAAGAAAUAUUACGAGGCCCAUGCCAUCCGCGAAUAG